AUGAGAGAUGAAAUUGCAACAACAGUUUUCUUUUUCACAAGACUGGCAAAAAAACACGAUAAACUGAGUAAACAGCAAAUUGAAGAUUUUGCAGAAAAGCUAACGACAAUUUUGUUUGAAACAUAUAAAAGUCACUGGCACUCUGAUUGCCCUUCUAAAGGUCAAGCCUUCAGGUGUAUCAGGAUAAACAAUAACCAGAAUAAAGAUCCCAUUCUAGAAAAGGCUUGUGCUGAAAGUAAUGUGGAUUUUUCUCACCUGGGACUUCCAAAGGAGAUGACCAUAUGGGUAGAUCCCUUUGAAGUGUGCUGUAGAUAUGGUGAGAGAAACCAUCCGUUUACAAUUGCUUCCUUUAAAGGCAGAUGGGAGGAAUGGAAACUAUCCCAACAAAUCAGUCAUGCUGUGAGUAGAGCUGCCUUAGACUACUCCUCAGGCACUUCCUCUGAUGAAGAAAGUUGUAACAACGAACCACAGCUAAUUCCUAAAGUCAGAAAUCCAAAGAGUGUUUAUCAGGUUGAAAAUUUGAAACAGCCCUUUCAGCCUUGGUUCCAAAUCCCCUGCAAAAUGAAUGGUCAUGUGGGCCUCUUAGAAAGUAAUUACUAUAGGUUGCAUAGGAACCCUAAAUGUUAUAGACCUGUUGCACUACACAGGGUGGACAGAUACCACUGGGUCAACCAAAAUCGAAAAAGAAGUGACUAUUUAUGGAUCUCUGCAGGAAAGCCAACAAAUGAGAUUGUAUAG